AUGACCGGCGCCGUGGGUUUUGAGAAUGAGCGGAUAUCAUCUGAACUAUCCGACACGGUCGUCCAAAAGGAGACCAAGCGGAAGUGGACGAGUUAUGUUUGGGACACCUUGGAUAAGUCACCGGAAGAACGUCGCUUGUUAUUCAAGCUAGAUACCGCGCUCUUGACGUUUGCGUCCUUAGGCUAUUUCAUUAAGUAUCUUGACCAAAUCAAUCUCAAUAAUGCUUUCGUGUCCGGCAUGCAAGAAGAUCUCGGUCUGUACGGAAACCAACUGAAUUAUAUGACCACUUGCUGGACCGUCGGAUAUGUCAUAGGGCAGAUUCCGUCCAAUAUGGCCCUGACUAGGAUCCCGCCUCGUUAUUGGAUUCCAACAGCAGAGGUUAUAUGGUCGGUUUUGACCAUGGGUCUGUCGAGAGCCAGUAGUGCCCGCCAAAUAUACGUCAUGCGCUUUUUCAUCGGUCUGGCUGAAAGUACAUUUUAUCCGGGCAUGCAAUAUAUAAUCGGCUCCUGGUAUCGCAAAGACGAACUGGCAAAAAGAUCUUGUAUCUUUCAUACUAGUUCUGGCCUUGGUUCUAUGAUUUCUGGUUAUCUGAUGGCCGCCGUUUACCAUCUCGGCGGCAGAGGAGGUUUCAAAGGCUGGCAAUGGCUGUUCAUCAUUGACGGAGUCAUCUCCCUACCUGUUGCUUUGGUGGGGUUUUUCAUCCUACCCGAUGUGCCCGAGAUUAGCAACCCAUGGUACUUGACUAAAAAGGAGGUCGCCAUAGCGCAGAGGCGAAUGGAACUAGAAGGCCGCGAGCCUCGUCAGCCAUAUACAAAGGCCAAGUUCAAGAAAAUAUUCUCUUCAUGGCAUAUUUACUUCUUGACAGUGUUGUACAUAUCCUUUAACAACUGCAACGGAGGCCAGCCGGUUCUUGCACAAUGGCUGAAGCAUUCGAAAGAUCCAAAAUAUACCAUCCCACAAAUCAACGCAUACGCAACAACACCAUAUGCUGUUCAGGUUAUCACAACGCUUAUAUACGCUUGGACAUCAGAUACUAUCUUCAAGGGUAGACGGUGGCCUCCUAUCCUGUUCGGUGCUAUAUCAAACAUUGUAUGUGGCGCUUCUCUUCUUGCCUGGGACAUACCCCGAGGCUGGAAGUGGUUCUGUUACAUCUAUUCCGGCGCUGGCUACGGCCUAAGCGGGCUGUGUAUGGCCUGGGCACAUGAAAUCUGUACCGAGGACAACGAAGAGCGAGCACUUACCGUUGGCUCCAUGAACGAAAUGGCAUACGUCUUUCAAGCAUGGUUACCCCUGAUUGUUUGGCAACAGGUGGAUGCGCCAAAGUAUCAUAAAGGCUGGAUUACGAUGAUUACCAUGUCUUGCAUCUUAAUAACUACAACGUUUAUCGUACGAUUUUUGCACAAGAGAGAGAAGUGA